AGGUGCAAUUGUCGAUGUUGAUGGAAAACCGACAUCUGCUUCAAUGCCCUUGGCAACAAAUAAAUUAAAAUCACAACAACAACAGCAGCAACAUCAUCAAUUUCGUGCACCACAACAAUUUGUUAAACACAAGAAAGCUUCCUCUUCAACAUCGUCAUCAGCAACAACAACAGCAACUGCCACAUCCAACGUCUCAAGUCUCAAUAACAACAAAAAGAACAAAUGCUGGAAUAAACGCCAAAACAGAACUGCCAAACACAAUGCUGGUGGUUCCAGCAGCAACAACAGCAGUGGUUGUGGCCCCCAAACCGCUGCCACCGCAAACAAUGCAAAUUCACCGCCCAAAUCCACACACAGCUCCAUGGCUGAGGAGAAGCCUGGCUUAACCAAAGCCGAUGUUGAGAAUAUUCAAAAUUUAAAGAAUCAAGGGCACAAUUACUAUCACAAUUAUCCGCAUCCGCACUACAACAACAAUCACCAUGGCCCUGGUGGUGGUGGCGGCGGAGGAGGCAUUGGAAAUAUGCCGCCUAAUGACAACCGUUUAGGCUUGCCAUUAUCAUCGGCCGAUAAAUUGGGUUAUGGUCAUGGCCAUUUAAAGACACAACAACAACCAUUGCAUAAAAAGCCUCUGCCAUCACAUCGCGGCGGUGGAGGAGGAAGUGGUGCUGCAGGUGGCGGUGGCCAUAACAAUCAUCAUCAUCAUCAUAUUUUGUGUGCUGGUUCGGCACACAAUACAAUGGGUUCAGGCGUGGGAAAUAAUGCCGGCAGUGGUACUGGCGUCAAUGCCAACAACUUGUCCUGCUGUCACAUAAAUGGUUGUGGCAGCCACAUGGGCAAGGAUAAUCAAGCUUUAAACAACAACUCCAACCCCAAUAAUUCAUCGGCAUCGAUACAUUAUUGCUGCCUACGUUCCAAGUUCUUUUUGCCGGACAAAAGGCCACGUAAAGGCAAUUUUAUACCGCCCACAAAGUUUCUCUUGGGCGGCAAUAUUUCAGAUCCGCUGAAUUUGAGUUCACUGCAGAAUGAAACGGGCGAUACAUCAAUCAAAAUAACUCCGGCCACAACACCACGCCAAUCGCCCAUUACCACACCGCCCAAGGUAGAGGUUAUUAUACCGCCCAAUAUACACGAUCCCCUGCAUCUCUUGGAUCCCGUUGACUCAACGGAAUAUGAAAAGCAACUGACUUCGCCCAUGAAGAGAGGCGUGGUCGGAGGUGGUGGCGGUAUUUUGGGUUUACCCACAGCUGGUGUAGGAGGGGCCAUUAUUCUGGGUCUACGUGGAGGACAAACUAGCAAAUCGCACAAACAUCGUCAUCGCAAGAAUCGCAAACCGAAACGUAAACGCUACGACUCUUGCAACUCGACCACAAGCACAUUGGGCGAUGCGCUCGACGACAUAACGCCAAGUGCUCUGAUCAAUGCCUCGACAUCAACUGAAAAGGGUUUGCUUUCGGUUUCGUUGGAGGCAGCUGAAAACAAAAGCCAAGACCAAAACAACGAAGGCGGCGUUAGUAGUAGUGGUGGUGACGACGACGACACCGAAAGGCCGGAGCGUAAUUUAUGUUCACCACAAGAGCAGCUCUCACUUUCACACAGCACUGCUGACACAAAGGUCGCCAAUAUCGACGUGGAUACAAACAGCCACCAAGCCAAGUCGCCAACACCGACACCCAUGGUGGCACAAGUGGCACAGGAGUCAAUUGAUGGUAGUGGUGCUGGUAUGGUUGGUAGUGUUAGCACCACCACCGCUGCCGUUGGUUUUGGAGAGCUGAGAGAACGCGCAUGUCGAGAUUUGCGUUUGGAUUUGAUAUCCACCACAGGUAGCAACUCGUGUGGUAACUCUGUGGUUAGUAGUACAGGUGGCUGUAGCGGCGGCGGCGGUAGGAAAAGAAAAAUAAGUGAGAGCAACAAUUCACAAAAGUCCAAGAAAUAUUUCCGCAAUGAUUCCAUGGAUAAGAUUGUCAGCCCCGUUGUUCCCCAGCCGGGUGCUUGGAAAAGACCACCAAGGACAACAGCCUCUGGAGCACGCAAAUCCUCAAAUAGACGUUCGCGAUCGAUAAGUGAGAGCACUAUUGCUGAUCUAAGUCCUGUCGAAGAAAAUGCCAAAGCUUUAGUAGAAGAAAUACCCCGCGAUGACACCCCUGAUUUAAUGAAGGUCGAUUCGACAUCAGAAUUCAGCACAUUGCUUGGUAGCCCCUUGAGCACCGCUUCUGGUGGUACAUCUAUAAAUGCUGGUGAAGGCGAUAAUAUGGCAGAUCUUUUAAAUGAAACUGCCGAUACUAGCAAUGCCUUAAAAUUGGCGGAAAAUGUCAAGAAGGAAAUGGAUUCCAUGACAGUGUCCACAGUGAAGAACAUCAAACCGAAAUUUCUACCGGAUGGCAGUAAAUAUCGUUAUGGCAAUUACGAUCGCUAUGCCGGUCUCCGACAUUUAAAUGAAUUCAUGGAUAUUCGCCUUCAAGUUUUCAUGCAAUAUCCCGAAUUGUUUAAGAACAAGGACAUUUUAGAUAUUGGCUGCAAUGUUGGCCAUAUGACCAUAUCGGUGGCACGGAAAUUGGCUCCCAAGUCGAUUUUGGGAAUUGAUGUAGACAAAGAAUUAAUAGCCAGAGCCCGGCGGAACCUGGCCAUGUAUGUACGGAUACCGGUGGAGGCGAUAAAAAAGGAGAAUGUAGAGGCCUCAUCGGAUGCAGAUGUCAAGAAUAAAGAUAAAAAUGUCAAAGCCAAGCCAGGAAGGCGUAGACGUAAAAAGAAAAAGAAUCGCAUGGAUAUAAGUCAGCAGCGCAACAACAUGAAUUGGGGUCACUUCCAACAUCACCAUGCUAUGCAUUAUCCACAUCACCAUCAUCAUCAUCACCACCAUCAUCAUCACCACCACCAUCAUCACCCGCACGGUAGUAUUGCCACAGAGCAGAUCUGUACCAAACUUGAUGCCACAGAAUUCUUUCCCAUAUCAUUUCCGCUGUGCUAUGGUGGAAUAACCCAGUCCACAGUAAAAAUGGCUAGUCCCCAAAAUCUAGAAUCUCAAUCACCUGCCUCAACCAGUACUAGUGUCAGUACGACAACUAAAAGUACACCUGGACAUCCAGCAAGUGGUAGUGGAGGAGGUGGUGGUGGCGGAGUCGGUGGUGCAGGGAACAAACAAUGCAGCCAAAAUUCGUCGACGACAAAUGUCCGAACACAAAUUUCAAAUUCGAAAAAUGAAUUUCCCCAAAAUGUAUUCUUUCGUCAGACGAAUUAUGUACUCAAAGAUGAAAAUCUCCUGGCCAAUGAUCCGCAGCAAUAUGAUCUCAUAUUAUGUUUAUCGGUAACGAAAUGGAUUCAUUUAAAUUUUGGUGAUACCGGUUUGAAAAUGGCCUUUAAACGGAUGUUUAAUCAGCUGAGGCCAGGUGGAAAACUAAUCCUGGAAGCGCAAAACUGGGCUAGCUAUAAGAAAAAGAAGAAUUUAACGGAGGAAAUCUAUAACAAUUACAACAACAUUGAAUUCUUCCCCAACAAAUUCCAUGAGUAUUUAUUGAGUUCUGAAGUGGGUUUCAGUCACAGCUACACCUUGGGCAUACCAAAACAUUUGAGCAAAGGCUUUAGUCGACCUAUACAGCUCUAUGCCAAAGGCGAUUAUACACCAAAUCAUGUGAGAUGGUCAGAUGCCUAUUAUCCACAAACACCAUUUGAGGCAUAUCGUGGUAUUUAUGCAACAAUGCCACCACGGCCUACAGGAAUGCAAUCCUCCUAUCCUCUACUGUCCUCGACAAGAUCACAAAACUACGAUACACCACAAUAUACGGGAGGAGGCUCCGGUCCAUACAGCUGUCGUCAGACACCAAUGCAUCAACCCUCAACAUCCCAAUACUACAAUCCCUUGGAAUCGGAUUCAUACCAGCCCUCUUAUGAUAUGGAAUAUUUGAAUCAUAUGUAUGUAUUUGCAUCACCUCUGUAUCAGACGGUGUGGUCACCACCAACCAGUAUGCGUAAGAGCUCAUCACACACUCCCGUUUUCGGUAGUGUUCGAGAUGCUGAAUUGGAGGGCGAUGGCAAUGCCAUGCCUGGUGGUAGUUACCAUCGACAUGUAUACCCUCCAAAUGAUGAAAUUUCAUCACCAAAUGCCAAUUCCGGAAAUGCUUUCAAUUCCAUACGAGAUCCCGACACGGAUGAUUCCAACCAACAAAGACCACAUGUUUAUGCCACCAACUGUGGCGAAAGUUCAUCAUCGCCACAUCCGCAUGGCGGCAUGAAUCCCAGCGACACUGAAGCUGUGGAUGAAAGUUUAAUGCUCGAUGAUGAGAGUCGAACCAAUUGUUGUGAUUUAAGCGAAGCUUAA